CGCGCCAUCACCUCUUUUUCAUCAUCACCACCGCCACAAUCUAGACGACCACAAUGCCUUCGGUCUCUUCGACUCCAUCAAAACUCACGAACCCGACGAGUGCCGCCUCCAAUCAUCACUCUCAUUCUCCGUUAUGUAGGCACUCUCCGUCGGCGACGCUGGACCUGCUGAUCCUGAUCGUCGUGCUUUUCUCCGGGACAUUCCUGCUUUCCUCCUACUUCUCCUAUCUCUUUCACUCCCUCUCUCUCCUCCUCUCGCUAUCUUCCCCUCACCUCCCCACUCUCUCCUUCUCUUUGUCCCUUCCUUAUCUUCUCGCGUUCUUCGCCUUCUUCAUCCUCUUACUCCUCCUCCUCCUCGACUUCUGCUGCGGUCCGCGCUCACGCCGCUGCAAUCGGCCGGGAUGUAAGGGCCUGAAGAAGGCUCUUGAAUUCGACUUGCAGUUACAGACCGAGGACUCAAUCAGAUCCGCUAAGGACAUCGAUGCUUUACCCUGGAAGGGCGGCAGCGAGUCUAAUCCUGACUAUGAGUGUCUCAGGGCUGAGCUGCGUAAGAUGGCCCCACCCAAUGGCAGGGCUGUCCUGCUCUUUCGCUCCCGGUGUGGGUGUCCUGUUUACAAGCUCGAGGGCUGGGGGCCCAAGCGCGGUAGGCGGCAGAAAAGGGCUCUUAACGGGGGCAGUGAUCAUCGCUGAUUCUUCAUGAUGAUUUUGUUGUCGGACAACAUUUAAUAUAUUUCUGCUCAUUUACAUUUUAUCUUUUACAGUCUAGUUUUAGAUAUCGGACAAAAACAUCUAAAAUGCUGAAGAUUCUUGAUCAGAACGAUUUACCAAAUCCCUACCAUCCAGCGGCAACAUCUCUGAAAGAAGUAGCUCCAUAUCUGCACCCCCUAGGGAUAAUGUAUAUUGUUUUCGUUCAGGGAUGAUAUACAGAAUUUCAGUGGACAGUCAUCUUUGAUUUACUGAAGGAUAUACCAAAUUCAUGGGGAACAAGAAUAAAUAUAUGGUUCCCCUUGUUGAAAGUUUUAUCUUCUAUGGUUAAUAUUGUGUUUCUGCC